GGGAUAACCGUGCUGUUGGCACUGUCCGUCUUCAUGAGCAUAGUGAGCAGCAUGUUGCCAAGGUCAUCACUGACCAUGCCCAAGGUCACCAUCUACCUAUUCAUCCUCCUCACCAUCUCGGUCUUGACCGUCAUCGACAGCAUCAUCAUUGUGUACCUGUCUCAUAUGGAGGAGGUGAGACAACUGUUGAGCACAGUGUGUUGAGCACAGUGUGUUGCCCUUGUAUGGCUUAGUUUAAAAAAACAACUAAAGGCUAUCGGAUGAUAUCCAGCUAAUUCACUAUAAUCCAAUUAAUACAGAGGCGUAGCGAAGAGGGGCAGGGGGGACAGAUGUCCCCGGGCGCCAGCUAGUUAGGGGCGCCAAAAUGUUUUUUUGAUAUUACUUUAUUUUUAUUGAUGAAAAUAAUGGAUUUAAAAAAAGGAAAGGGGGGGGGGAUGCUUUAAAAUGAAUCUUGUCACCGGGCGCCAAACACCCUCACUGCGAAAUUUAAAAAAGGAUCGAAUUAAAUCUUUCAGUUUCAAUAAGAAGAUGAGAUAAUAAUAUACGAUAUCUGCGUAUAGAUUUCCCUGUUUAUUUUAACCAAUGGUUAAGCCCUUCGGGUCUGUUUAGUCUAUACAAAUAAAUUAACUUAAAUAAGAAACGCGAAUACAUUCAAUUUAAAUCUGACACUACUUUCUUGAUUUUUAAAAAAAAUAUUUCUUAGAGUCUUUUUCUAGUUUUGAAAUAAUAAAUAAAUCUAAAGAUUCAUUUUGAAAGAUUUUUUUUUUUUUGUCACGGAGCACAUAUCACGAUUGUGUCAAUAUUUGUUGUCCACAGAAAGAAGCAUUGCACCAGAAGGCAAAGACAAAAUUCCAGAGCGCAUUGAAAAAAAUAGCUAUUCUAAACAGAGCCGUUUCUCCUACGCCUAACAAACCCAGCAACCGCUCAACUAUGCAAGACAAAACCCAAACUUCACUCAUGCGAGUGUCUUCGGUCGAGUCCUUCCCCAGCGAGAGCGAAUUGCCACCAUACACGUCAGAAGACGGAAGUAAUCGGAAAGACUCCACGUGCGAGAUGAGUUUUAGUAUCAACCAGUACAAAGUGAUCGGGAAACAUAUUGAUCUAGUGUCAUUCGUGGUGUUUUUUAUCAUUUGGUUUUCGGUUACAAUAGGUUUCAUGUUAAAUAUCGCUCUGUCUUAG